GAUUGGAUUGGUGGUGAUGUGAGGGACGGCAGAGAAAAUGCAUCAUCCGACCAAAGCCCUCAACCGUCACAUUGCGGAUUGAGCAGCGAGUGGAGGGGUGCUGUUUGUUUCUCUGAAGUAACCUGUGGUAGCGGUGGUGUUUGGUGUAUUUGUCUGUCGCGCAAAAGCCGACUGCCGACAACCACACCAAUAAAGCAAUAACCUGGCCGAACCUCGUGGACACGCUCUUGUCUUACACUAUUUUUUAUGCUGCUGCCAUUGCUGCUGGUUCUAAAUCGCGAUAAAAGUCCUGCAAAUGCAGAGAUUUCCGAGCUCGACGUCAAAGGUGCUACUGUUGAUACCGCAGCGACUCGAUCGUCCGAAAAUAGGAUGAUCUUGCGCCUAUCAGUUCUCAAGAACCUAGCCAAGAAUUUAUCCCCGUUCAAGGUCAAGCAUGCCUGGUUCAACGGUGCCGACGAAACACGUCCCUACGCUACUGUCCCCCGACUCACGCCCCAGGAGGUGACUGACAUACUACAAGCCAAUGAGUUUACCAAAGAAUUUGCUGGUCCAAGCUCUGUAAAAAGCUAUGAUUCUAAUCAGUUAGCUUCCAACAAUCCAAUGGAGGAUACCAGAUCAGAAGCACGAUGUCUACUGACGAAUGGAUUCUUAUUUGGAGUUUUCGACGGCCAUGGAGGUAGUGCUUGUGCCCAAGUAAUAUCAAAACGUCUUUUGAAUUACGUUGCAGCAUGUUUACUUCCUACAAAUAUACUAAAGAAAUUUUUAGAGUCAUGGAUCUCUGGAAAGAACCCUCAAUUACUUGAGACAUUUAAUGACAAAGCAAAACUCAUUGAUGAAAUCAAUCAAAUUUAUCAAAUAAGUUUUAUUGAUUUUCUCAAACAUUUGGAAGAAAGCAAUGCUGGAAGAGAAUUCCAAAUGGAAACUACCUUGGAAAACGCUUUUCUUAGAUUAGAUAAUGAUAUUUCUUCAGAAGCUUUAAGUGCAAAGGGAAAAAAUGUUGCCAGAACUCUGUCGGUGGCAAUGUCAGGGGCAGUUACUGUUGUUGCACAUAUUGAUGGACCUCAUUUACAUGUUGCUAAUGUAGGAGAUUGUCAAGCUGUUCUUGGAGUACUUUCAGAAAAUGAUGCAUGGUCUGCUAAAAUGAUGACAGUGGAGCACAAUAGUGAUAAUCGCGCCGAAGUCGAGAGAAUUCUUUCUGAGCAUCCGGAAAGUGAAAAAUCAACGGCAAUUAAGAUGGAACGAUUAUUAGGUCAAUUAGCGCCGUUACGAUCUAUGGGUGAUUUUCGAUACAAGUGGAGUCUUGAAUUAUUACAAAAGAAAGUAGUACCACUGUACGGCCAUAGCGCGAUCCCUCCAAAUUAUUAUACUCCGCCGUACCUGACUGCCAUACCAGAAGUUAAAUAUCACAGACUGACUCCUAAAGAUAAAUUUUUAAUAAUAGCGUCUGACGGUCUUUGGGAUUUAAUUUCUCCAUUGGAAGCUGUACGCCUUGUAGGCGAACAUAUGAGUGGAAAAGUAACUCUAAGUCCCUUACGAUUACCUCGAAAAAAUAUUACACUUGCAGAAAUCAACGAAAUGCUUUUACAAAGAAAGGAGGGAUUGAAAAAAAAACCACUGGACAGUAAUGCAGCUACCCAUUUGAUAAGAAAUGCGUUGGGAGGAACCGAGUAUGGAAUAGAUCACGUAAAAAUAUCGAAAAUGUUGACGUUACCAGGUGAGGUAGUACGAUUGUUCAGGGAUGAUAUUACAGUAACUGUAGUAUAUUUGGACUCUGAAUUUUUGAGGCAUUGUCCUCCGUAAUAGUCGCUACUUUUUUACUGUACUUGAAUAGAAAUAUUAUUUGAAAUGUUUCUGAAAGCCGUUUCAAUUGUUUACGGUAUGGAAUUUGUUAUUUAUUUAAUUAACAAUAAAAAUAAUUUACAUAAGAGAAAAGUCCUCUGAUUAAUAUCAACACAUUACAUGUACAUUAUAUUAAAUCUAACUACUUAAAGGUGGUCUUAAAAAGUGUUUUGUAAAUAUAAUCUAAGAGAAAAAAUUGAUUGUAAAAAAAAGCU